AUGUGGACAUGUCUCUGUAGAUUCGUACGACCUCUGCAGUUGCCAUUUCCAUCACAGAUUCGAAGCUUACUUACCAAUGCUUCGUCCAUCCAGGACUACAGGCUCUAUCUUAGCCACUGUAGAAGAAACCUUAUAGAUAUAGAUACAAACAUCUUUCGGGGCACAUUGUAUGAGCUAUAUGUCAAGGACUUUCUUCUGGCUAACCUCGCGUGCUUUGAACUAGUCAAAGUUGGUGGAGCUGGUGAUAACGGCGUGGACAUCCGAGGGAAAUGGAACUUGGACUACUUCCAGCAGUUGCAAAAGAAGAAACUAAAUCUGAAGACAAAUAGCAAACAAGGUCGUAGCAUAAACUUGAAACGAGACAUAAAAGUUUUGAUACAGUGUAAGAAUGUUUCGUCCAAGAUCGGCGCUGGGUUAAUUCGGGAGAUCAUAGGAACUUAUCAUAUGAAUGUCAAACUGGAUCCGCCGGUUCAAAACUACUUGUUUCUUAUAAGCAAGAACAUUCUUACACCACAGGCUGUUGCUCUAGCAGAUAGUGCCACUAUUCCCAUCAUUCAUCUACGUAUAUCUCCCUUGGAGUACGGAGGUAGUGAUAACAAGGAUAUCUAUGAUCCAGAACACUGGACGGGAGGCGAGUUGGUUUCAGCAUACAUAAAUAGUCAGGCUAGGGAAUACCUCGAUGGGUUGAGUAUGGAGCUACAGAUGAAACUCAUUCAACGUAAAUCAAUGUUACCACCAAUAAUCAACUCAGGUACAGAAUCAAAAUCAGAGUAA